UUUUAAGAAUUGUUUUCUCUGCUUAUAAUAUCCUGAGAGGAUUCUUGCUGUUGGCAUGUUCUUAGAACAUGAGUAAGAACAGAAUAAGAGUGAAGCCUCUCUCUGGAGGAUUUGGUGGUAGGUAGUCCUGUGUUCCAAAGAGUUUUUUUUAAAGGGUGUCUUGUCCAUUGAAGCUACAGAGAAAAGUUGUGCCAGGUUUGUGGUAAGAAGUUUUUUGGUUUUUUUGGUGUAGGAAAACAAAUUUAAACACAGAACUAGGUGGAGAUAAGGGGGAGUGAACAGGAGAAAGAAGGAAGGAGGACAGGUGUGGAGAAGUACUGUUCUGCAAAGACUGGGAAGAAUAAAAAGGUUGCAGCAGAAAUGUGGUUGGUAGAAGGCACCUGAAAUAUUAAGGUCUAAUUCUUAUUUGCUUUCAUUUAUACCUCAAGCUAAUGCUGUGCCUCAAUCGUUCUUGAGUAUUAGUGCUUGAGCUGAUCAGAUUGUGACGUUAUGUGCCAUAUGUGCUGGCAGAAAGCAAUACAGCAUGAUGGACCAAAGAUGCAGCUUGAGCUCUAAUCUUGAGUUUCCCUGCUGUUCUUUGCUAUUUAAUUAUUAUUAUUUUUAUGUAUACACAUACAGACAUACCACUGAAUGUGAGAAAACCUGAUAGAUUUCAUAGAGGGUGAUGUGUAAGCCUAUGUAUAUUUAUGAUUUCGUGAUAGUGUUAGAGGACUGCUUAUUACUUUGACAGCAUAAUUCUUAGAAGCCUGAGCUCAUAAGACUAAAAAACAUCAAUUACGUGAAAAUCUUCUCUAGUGGGUUUACUGUUCUUUUCUAGCUGUUUGUGUUGCUCUGACAGCAAAUGCACACUAAAUAUUUUCAUAAUACUGUUAAUGUAUGAGCUUAUCAGUGUGCUUCAACUCUUUUUCAGAAGUUCGGUGUCCAAACUAGGUUUGGGUAUUGUAUUACAUUUUUCUUUACAGUACCCAAAAGUGCUGUUACUAGUCUUGUAUCAAAUACAGAAGGUGCAAUCAUUCUUUACCCUGAUCUGUGUAAAUGAGGUUAAGUGUUAGAGUUGUCAAAGGCUUUAUGUUCAGGACAAGCCUGUUAUUUCAAAAAAUCUAAAAAGGAAAAUGGACGACAACUGCUUGCAGAUGCUUAAGAGUACAAAUACAUUAACUAAAAGCUAGCAAGUACUGAGUUUUAUGCUCAGUAUCAGUACAAUAUGUGAAUGAUUAAUUUUAGGGCAAGCUUGAAGCUGUGUAGGGUGGCUUCCUAUUUCAACUUGAGUUCUGUAGAUCCAGUUGAAAAGAAAGCUGGACUUGGUGUUCCUUUCUUCAGAGGGAGUCUUAGUCUGAUUUUCUGAUGGGGAGUCUCAGUAUAACUUUACCUAAGUUUUACUUUGUCUUUUGACAAGGAGAUUAAUUUAGUUUAUGUAAAAACCACCAGUGCCAUAAAGCAUAAUAAAAAAGAAAUGUAAAUGCUUCAGGUGAGGUUGUGAAUUAAGAUGUCAAUACUAAACUGCUGGUUAAAUUUGUGGGGGGUUUUUUUUUCCCUUCAGUAUAUAAGCAGGGUUGAAUUUUUCUCUGGGACCAGAAAUCCAUAUCCAGUUGCUAAAGGGGGAAGUUGAAACAGUGCUAAAAUGUAAGGAGAAAAGCACCUUUCUACAAAUUCUGGAUUUGGAUUUGUGGGUCUAGCUUUCUUUCCUGCAGCAAAGCUUUCUGCAAGCCAGACUUUAAUUUUUCCCUUUGACUUUACUAUCUAAGAGUGUGCUUGUGGUCUCUGGGUGUGUCUUUCAUGAGACCCAUCAAAAUACUUGUUGAUUGGAGUCUUCUGUGACUAAAAUGAGAAUUAGACCCAGCCAUUUUAAGAAGUUAGGCCAUUUCAUCUGGCACAACUAGGUCUCUGUUGUUCCAAAAUAAACUAUGCUGCUAUAAUCAAAUGCUUUGCUCUUCAAAUGUUCUGGCAAAAAUUUACAUGGAAAAAAGUUGACAUAUAACUGUGAGAAAGAUGAAGAACUUGGGAGUUUAGAUAAUAAUGCAAAAAAACGUGUUAUUAAUGCCUAAGUUUUUGUAUCCUUUCAAGUUCACUAGCAUUGGUUUAUGGUGAUCAGUGAGAAGUUUCACAGGAGUAUUUGUCUCUUCCCCUCCUCUCUGGUAAAUAAUUCAUUUCUUGUUAAUACUCUGAGUGUUCUCUUUGGUUUAUUCAAACUUAUUCAGUUUCUCUGUGUCUUGUCCUGAUAUGAGAUAGAUAACUAGCUUAUUAACUCCAGUUUUCUAAGGCUGAAGUAUCUGAAGUCUGUCUUGGGAGCUGCAUUGCCCACAGCUGGUUAUCUUUCAGUAUCCUAGUUGCUAGAUUUCUGCAUAAGUGAAUGAGUGCAUGAGGGAAUUGAGAAGUACUUUUAUUUUCCCCUUUGAAUUAUAAGGGGAAGAAGCUGGGAACUAUAACCUGUUGCUGUGGACAUCUUGCUCUCUGUGGUCAUCUCCCUUCAUUUUUUGGAUCACUGAUGCACCAUUGUCUCUCCUUGUUGUCUUCUGCUGAGGGUUCAUCACUGUUUUCCUGUGUUUUUUGGUGCACUCUCAUAAUCAUUUUAGGUUGGGUUAAGACUUUGCUACUGCCAGAAAGCAAAGUUCUGUUAGUUCCUUGUGUCCAUGGAGUGAAUAAGUGUUUAACUUGCCCCUGGCUCAGCACAUGGCCCAGCUGGGGAUGCUGUGGGGUGGCUGGGGAUGUGUGGGAGUGUGUGGCUGAGUGCAGAGGUGACAAGAGACUGCCCUUUUCUGCAGUAGUAACAUGGGAUUACACUGGAAUCUUCCUGAUGUGAAACCAUACUCUCCUAUACAGGAGUGCUGCUAGGUGGUUGUUUGGUUUUGGUUGUUUGUUUUUUGUUUUUUUUUUAGAGCUCCUGAUAAGGUGGUGCCCUGUGGCUUGGCUGUGUUGUAGUUUUUCUCCCCACAUUCCCAGGUAGUUUACAGAUCAUCUUAGGAGGUGCAACUGUAAAGUCUUUUUAAAGUUUGAAAAGGGAAGUUCAACAGCUUCUACUUUUAAGUCAGACUUAAGCACUCAGGCAAGAUUUAGCCAGAAGCAGAAUUUAAUUUAGGUUUCCUAAAAGGAGUACAUGUUACAACUCUCAUAUCCUUUGAGGAAUUAUGCUGCAGAGGAGCUCGGACCUUGUACCUGUGGGAGCUUUAAACAAGGUGACUGCUGGCUGCCAGGGCCCCAGCUGCAUCUUCCUGCUUCUCCUUUCUGCUGGCUGGACAGCUCCUUAGACCCCUGAGCCACUUUAUGUGUGUUGGUGGAGAAGGUAAGGCAAUGACAGAAGUGAGGAGUGCUAGGGAAGGGCCAGGACCGUGCAGCUGGAGGCAGGCUGCCAUCAUGACGGCUGAAGAAACGGUGAACGUUAAAGAAGCUGAAAUAAUUAAGCUAAUACUAGAUUUUCUUAACUCACGGAAACUUCAUAUCAGUAUGUUGGCACUUGAGAAAGAAAGUGGGGUCAUUAAUGGCUUGUUUUCAGAUGACAUGCUCUUUCUAAGGCAGUUGAUUCUUGAUGGUCAGUGGGAUGAGGUUCUUCAAUUCAUUCAGCCUCUUGAAUGUAUGGAAAAAUUCGACAAGAAAAGAUUUCGAUACAUUAUAAUGAAGCAGAAGUUCUUGGAAGCCUUAUGUGUAAACAAUGCGAUGUCAGCAGAAGAUGAGCCUCAGCAUCUGGAGUUCACAAUGCGAGAGGCAGUGCAGUGCCUGCACGCGCUGGAGGAGUAUUGUCCCUCCAAGGAAGACUACAGCAAACUCUGCCUGCUGCUGACACUGCCCCGCCUGACCAACCACGCCGAGUUCAAGGACUGGAAUCCCAGCACUGCUCGGGUGCACUGCUUUGAGGAAGCCUGUGUCAUGGUGGCGGAGUUCAUCCCAGCCGACAGGAAGCUGAGCGAGGCCGGCUUCAAAGCAAGUAACAACCGAUUGUUCCAGCUUGUCAUGAAGGGAUUGCUUUAUGAAUGUUGUGUGGAAUUCUGUCAGAGUAAAGCAACAGGAGAAGAAAUCACAGAAAGUGAAGUAUUGCUGGGCAUUGAUCUCUUGUGUGGCAAUGGGUGUGACGACUUGGACCUUAGCUUAUUGUCGUGGCUGCAGAACCUGCCAGCUACUGUGUUUUCUUGUGCUUUUGAACAAAAGAUGCUUAAUAUUCAUGUUGAUAAACUCCUCAAGCCUACAAAAGCUGCGUAUGCUGAUCUUUUGACACCUCUUAUCAGCAAACUUUCUCCUUACCCAUCGUCCCCAAUGAGAAGGCCUCAGUCAGCAGACGCUUACAUGACCCGCUCCUUAAACCCUGCCUUAGAUGGGCUGUCCUGUGGAUUAACAAACCACGAUAAGCGGGUCACAGACCUCGGGACCAAAACUUCUCCAAUGUCGCACUCCUUUGCUAAUUUCCAUUACCCAGGAGUACAGAAUCUCAGCAGGAGCCUCAUGCUUGAGAAUACUGAGUGUCACAGCAUUUUUGAAGAGUCACCUGAGCGUGAUACUCCUGUGGAGCAACAGCGUCCCAUCGGCAGUGAGGCUUUGUGCCAAGGUUCAGUCCCAGAAAAUGAACCACUCAAUGCAGCACAGAGUCAGGGAUCAGCCAAACAAGAAAAAAAUGAGGUACUUCGUGAUUCAACAGAGCAGUUUCAGGAAUAUUACAGACAAAGACUACGUUACCAGCAGCACUUAGAACAGAAGGAACAACAACGACAGUUGUACCAGCAAAUGUUGUUGGAAGGAGGAGUAAAUCAAGAAGAUGGAGCUGACCAGCAACAGAAUCUUACUGAACAGUUUCUUAACAGAUCUAUCCAGAAACUAGGAGAAUUAAAUAUGGGUAUGGACAGUCUUGGAAAUGAUGUACAAGCACUUAGCCAGCAAUGUAAUGGGAGCAAAGGGAAUGCAUCUACCAAUCCAGCAAGUAACUUCACAUCACCACCCUCAGAUGGCAGUCAGAGGAUAGCAAGUGAUAGCCCAAAUGUUAAUACAAGCACUCCUCGAAAGUGUGGAUCAGCCAAUCAGAUCCCCUUUCCUGAAGAGUCACCUGUACAGGGGAACCAAACCAGUGUAUCAGCACAUGCUGUCACUCAGCCACAGCUGGAAGACGCUUUGGGGAAUUUAGCUAAGGCAAGAGGUGAUGAGGAUGACAAAUCAAAAAAGCAAUUCAUUUGCAUCAAUACUCUAGAAGACACACAGGCUGUCAGAGCUGUAGCCUUUCAUCCCAGUGGGAGUUUAUAUGCUGUUGGCUCCAACUCUAAAACUUUGAGAGUUUGUGCCUAUCCAGAAGUAAUUGACCCAAGUGCUUAUAAUACUCCUAAACAACCUGUAGUUCGCUUCAAAAGGAAUAAGCAUCAUAAAGGAUCAAUCUACUGUGUAGCCUGGAGUCCCUGUGGACAGCUGUUAGCUACUGGUUCUAAUGAUAAAUAUGUGAAAGUCCUGCCUUUUAAUGCAGAAACUUGUAAUGCAACAGGACCAGAUUUGGAAUUCAGCAUGCACGAUGGGACAAUCAGAGACCUUGCUUUCAUGGAAGGCCCAGAAAGUGGUGGUGCUAUUUUAAUAAGUGCUGGAGCAGGGGACUGCAAUAUUUACACAACAGAUUGUCAGCGAGGACAAGGCCUGCAUGCCCUGAGUGGUCACACUGGUCAUAUUUUAGCACUUUAUACAUGGAGUGGCUGGAUGAUUGCAUCUGGAUCCCAAGACAAGACUGUAAGAUUUUGGGAUUUGAGAGUGCCAAGCUGUGUUCGUGUUGUGGGAACAACGUUUCAUGGAACAGGCAGUGCUGUAGCCUCAGUAGCUGUUGAUCCCAGCGGGCGACUCCUGGCUACAGGCCAGGAGGACUCCAGCUGUAUGUUGUACGACAUCCGGGGGGGUCGGAUGGUGCAGAGCUACCACCCCCACUCCAGCGACGUUCGCUCCGUUCGCUUCUCCCCGGGGGCUCACUACUUGCUCACGGGGUCAUACGAUAUGAAGAUCAAGGUGACAGACUUGCAAGGGGACCUCACGAAGCAGCUUCCUCUGAUGGUGGUAGGAGAGCACAAGGACAAAGUUAUCCAGUGCAGGUGGCACACGCAAGAUCUUUCCUUCUUGUCGUCGUCUGCAGACAGGACUGUAACCCUUUGGACCUACAAUGGUUAGAGUGCAAACAAAGGCAACCUAUGCAGCUAAAGCACAGAGACCUGAGACUACAGAACUGUCCAAACAAUAAUAAUGAGGCAUUGAGAGCAGCAGUUGAGCGGGAGAGUGUCUUAUCAAGAAGAGGGGCACUUGUCACUGGUUUUUCUGGUUUCUAGGAGGUCUUGGUGUUUUUAGUAUAUUCUUUUGCAGUGCUUCCAGUCUUCCAUGUUGAACUCAUGCUGCUGUGACCUAUUGUAGUCUUGUUGCCAAAGUCUAUGAGGAGAACUCUUAUGUUGUUGAUGUGCACUCAGAGUAACAUGAAUGAUGUGUUUACAGUUUGGUAUUAAUUGCAUUCCUUGGUCUUUGCCUCAAUGAGAAUUUUGUACAGAACUUAAGUUGAACAACACUUUAAUCAAGUCUGUAUGUAACUAGUUACACACACACACACACACACACAUGUAAAACUUCCACUGUUUUUUCAGGUUCAUUGUAUUCAUCACUCCUCAACAAGAGAUCAGACUUUAUAACAUCUCCACAAUUUCAGUGUUUUUAGUAAAAACAUCUGAACUUUAAAGGCUGACUAGGCAGCAAUCACAUCUUGAUUAUGGUCCAUUAUAUAGUGUGGGAUUUCUUCUUUCUUUUCAUCUAACCUGGGAAAAAUGUUGCUGUUUUUACUACAUAACAUUGUUUUGAACAAGCUAACAUGUUGGAGGGGGAAAAAGUAAAAUAUUGACUUUUUUCAGUAGAAACAUGUAAUAUUUUACUUUUUGAAUGCAACAGAAUACCUCUGUGUAUAAUGUACUGUAGAAAAGAGUGGAUUGGCAGCAGUUGUCACAGUGAGCUUAAUGGCUAUCAAUUUUUCAAGUAAAAGGGAUACCAUUAAUGCUAUAAUAGAAACCAGCAUGGCUUAAAAUGCUAUGUCUGCAUGAUAAUUUAAGAAUUGUUUAAAUUCCCAGUUCAGAAGCUUAUCUGAAUUUUAUUUCUUGCACUGUUUAUGUAUGGGAAACUGCAGUUCUAUUUCUACAAAACUUUAGAUUCUAAUGUUUAUGUAUUGUUAUAUUUUCAUAUUGUACAGUUCCUUUUACUUUUUAAAAUAUAAACCUUAAACUUUGGGUUAUUUAUUUAUUUGAACUGCAGUUAAGUUUUGGAUUCUCUUGGUUACUAAAUUAUAUGUGCACUGUAGCAAGCAUUUUUAACUAUCGUAUAAAAGUGGAAAGGUAAAUAUAGAAGUGUAUCUGUGCUAUAAUCUCAAUAAAGACCUCCAACACCUGCA